GUUGCCAAUAGGUGUUGAAGUGUUUUCAUUUUGAGCAAUUUUCCUUACAAAGUUGUUUAUAAUUCUUCACCAAUUUUAUUGUUAAUUAUCUAAUCUGGGUUUUAUCCAGUUAAUCACUCACCAGUGUUAUAAUUAUUUCAGCAACGCCGUUGUCUUCUUAGAAUACAGACUUCGUUAUAUUAGUUUCCCAGGAAAUUGGUUUGUUUUGAUUGUAACUUAACUGUAAUUUGAAUAAUGGAAUCAUUCAAGGAUCCUGGACAAAUAUUCGCUUAUGGUGCUGCUUUUGCUUCACUGGCUUAUGCUCUUUACACGAAAUGGCAAGUUUGUUCAUUGAGUGCCAAGAUCAAUCAUACUAUUCAGAAGGAUAAUGCCAAAGUUGUACAUUCAUUCGACAUGGAAGAUUUGGGAAACAAUGAGACUUUCUGUCGAUGCUGGAAAUCCAAGAAAUUUCCUUACUGUGAUGGAGCCCAUAAUAAACACAACAAAGAAACUGGUGAUAAUAUCGGCCCAUUGAUUAUCAAGCAAAAAGCAGCUUAAAAAUGAAAUGGGAAUCAAAUAUUAUACAAGCAAUAUUACUAAAGGAUAGAUUAUCAACUUUCCAAUAUUAGCCUUUACUUUUUCUCGUUUUUUAAUUUAACCUCUCAACGUGUUAAAGAUGAUAAUUAUGUAAACCCAUAUAGAAAUAGUUUGAAAUGAAUCUUUUGAAAUUCGAUAUUCAUUAAAAAAAUGCCAACGAUAAUGGCCUAAACAAUCACGUUAAA